AAUGACACAGUGUACUGGACAGACAUGGGCCUGAACACAAUCUCCAGAGCCAAGAGGGAUCAGACCUGGAGGGAGGACAUCAUUACUACGGGCAUCAGCAGGGUAGAGGGCAUCGCAGUGGACUGGAUCGCUGGUCAGUAUUGUCUUCUGUAAAUUGUACAAAAUGGCUUCUUACUAUGUGGUCCUAUGUGGAUAUACCACCCCCAAACAUUUCCUUAGAUUUUAUCUCAAUGAGACUACCCUGUAUAAAUAAAGGUACCUGUAUAAAUAAAGCUAUACAUGAAAAUAUUCUAAUCAAAUUGAAAGAUUGUCACUGGGAUAAAUUACGCAUGUCUACUGAAGUGUCCUUUAAAAUUACAUUUUCAUGUUGUGAAUUAUCUCCUUAGUUUCUGAUGAGUAAGAGUAACACUGUUCUUUGUACAACUCUAAUACCAGUAUUGUUGUCUUCUUCCCACAGGUAACCUUUACUGGACAGACCAUGGUUUUAACCUCAUAGAGAUUGCCCGUCUUAGUGGUACCUACCGUUGUGUAGUCAUCUCAGAGGGACUCGACCAACCUAGAGCCAUCGCUGUUCAUCCACAGAAAGGGUAUGUCUGUUUGUUUGUGUGUGUGUGUGUACGUGCUUGAGUGCAUGUUUGUAUGUGCGCCAGGGGCGUCAAUUGGGUAUGCAUACCCUAGAUCAACACCAACAAUUUAAAAUAGGCUACUAAAAUAAUUCCAAUCCCGAUUAAAAGGCAAAUGCAGUUUAGAUGUUAGUUGUCUGACUUUAAGACCAUGCGGACGCCUGGGAGCUGGAGGGAAGGCUGUUUGUAUGGCUGGUAGGCUUUAUGGAAAGCAGAGAUCUGUAUAUAAUGACGAGAUGCUUAUGUGUCCGCCGUAACAAUGGGAGUCGUCCCAAAGGCGGGAAGGCAAGCGACAAGUUUAUACUGUAGGUCCAACGUUUUUAACAGAUUUUGGUGAGAGUGAAACCUCUCGCUUCGCCUCUUCCUCUCUGUAGAAAACACAUAGCUGCAGGGAAGAGCGGAACUUUUUCUCAACACAUUGUAGAGGUAAAGAUGGUUGUAGUAGACUACAUUGGCUAGGUAACUGCUGUUUGAAACUAAGCUAGAGUUUUAAACCCGGUGCUGAGCUAGUACGUAGCAGGCAGCUAAUUAUUGUAUGACGUGUUUGUUAAACGUUAAGUCCCCUAUUAACUUAGGUGAAUGAUGCUACAGCAGCAGGGUGAUAAUGGCUGUAGUCAAUUUCGCUUGUUUUUGCUCUUCUCCAAAUAGUAUUUUAGAGUUUUUAAAUUGUGUAGAAAUGCAGUAAAUGAGCAUAUAUAAAUUAUAUACACUACAUGACCAAACGUAUGUGGACACCUGCUCUUCGAACAUCUCAUUCCAAAAUCAUGGGCAUUAAUAUGGAGUUGGUCCCCCCUUUGCUGCUAUAACAGCCUGGGAAGGCUUUCCACUAGAUGUAGGAACAUUGCUUUGGGGACUUGCUUCCAUUCAGCUACAAGAGCAUUAGUGAUGUCGGGCACUGAUGUUGGGUGAUUAGGCUUGGCUCGCAAUCGGCGUUCCAAUUAAUCCCAAAGGUGUUCGAUGGGGUACAGGUCAGGACUCUGUGCAGACCAGUCAAGUUCUUCCACACCGAUCUCGAUAAAACAUUUCUGUAUGGACCUUGCUUUGUGCAGUGGGGAAUGUCCAUGCUGAAACAGGAAAGGGCCUUCCCCAAACUGUUGCCACAAAGUUGGAAGUGCAGAAUCGUCUAGAAUGUCAUUGUAUGCUGCAGCGUUAAGAUUUCCCUUCACUGGAACUAAGGGGCCUAGCCCGAACCAUGACAAACAGCCCCAGAUCAUUAUUGCUCAUCCACCAAACUGUACAGUUGGCACUAUGCAUUCUGGCAGGUAGCAUUCUCCUGGCAUCCGCCAAACCCAGAUUCGUCUGUCGGACUGCCAGAUGGUGAAGCCUGAUUCAUCACUCCAGACAACGCGUUUCCACUGCUCCAGAGUCCAAUGGCGGCAAGCUUUACACCACUCCAGCCGACGCUUGGCAUUGUGCAUGGUGAUCUUAGGCUGCUCGGCCAUGGAAACCCAAUAAUAAUUAUUGUGCUGAAAUUGUUUCCAGAGGCAGUUAGGAACUUGGUAGUGAGUGUUGCCACCGAGGACAGAUGAUUUUUACGUGCUUCAGCACUCGGCGGUCCCAUUCUGUGAGCUUGUGUUGCCUACCACUUUGCGGCUGAGCCGUUGUUGCUCCUAGAAGAUUCCACUUCACAAAUAACAGCACUUACAGUUGACCGGGGCAGCUCUAGCAGGGUAGAAAUUUUACAAACUGACUUGUUGGAAAGGUGGCAUCAUUGAAAGUCACUGAGCUCUUCAGUAAGGCCAUUCUACUGCCAAUGUUUGUCUAUGGAGAUUGCAUGGCCGUGUGCUCGAUUUUAUACACUUGUCAGCAAUGGGUGUGGCUGAAAUAGCCGAAUUCACAUACUUUUGUAUAUAUAUAUUUAUUUAUUUAUACAAAAUAUAAAUACAUUCUAGGAGGAAAUCAGUAGAAACAGACCAGUAGAAACAUGCUCAGACCAGUAGAAACACGCUCAGAUGUGCUCCUAGCUCCUGCAGUGAUGUUUGUUGUCAUGCCUGACCUAUGUGAAGUUGUUUAGCAGUUGUAGGUGUUGUGUGCAGUCACAGUAUGAUUUGUUUCAGUUUGCCACUAAACGUUCGAGAUCGACUGUUGACACUGCGUGAAAGAACAGCUGGAGGCCCAUGACAGGCUCACAUUUCAACCAUUUUCUGAAAACAGAGGGCUGUAACACCAAAGUAUCCUCUCUAGACCCAAUAGAAGUAGGCUUUGAGGUGAACUACAUUGUAAAACUAUGUGAUUUCAGUUGCAUUGCUUCUGAUAACCUCCUUAUCAGAUUAGAUCAGACAUUUUGUGUAUCCUUUCAGAUCUGUUCCUGUUGUCCAAGCAGUUAGAUGUCAAUAAUAUUACAGUUUACCACUGUCUCUCUCUCUCUCUCUCUCUCUCUCUCUCUCUCUCUCUCUCUCUCUCUCUCUCUCUCUCUCUCUCUCUCUCUCUCUCUCUCUCUCUCUCUCUCUCUCUCUCUCUCUCUCUCUCUCUCUCUCUCUCUCUCUCUCUCUCUCUCUCAAUUCAAUUCAAUUCGAUUCAAUUCAAAGUGCUUUAUUGGCAAAGCAAAUGAAAUAUAUAAUAAACAAAAGUGAAAUAAACAAUCAAAAAUUAACUGUAAACAUUACACUCAUAAAAGUUUCAAAUGAAUAGAGACAAAUGUCAAAUUAUGGGAAUGUACAGUGUUGUAACGAUGUGCAAAUGGUUAUAGUACAACAGGGAAAAUAAGUAAACAUAAAUGGUUGUAUUUACAAUCUCUUGCUCCCCACCCCCCCUCCCCUCCCUCCCUCCCUCCAUCCCUCCCUCUCUCCCCCUCCCUCCCUCCCUCUCUCCCCCUCCCUCCCUCUCUCUGGCAGGUAUCUGUUCUGGACAGAGUGGGGCCAGAGCCCCUGCAUAGGGAGAGCCCGUCUAGAUGGGUCUGAUCAGGUCACCCUGGUCAACACUGGCAUCGGCUGGCCCAACGGGAUCUCCAUAGACUAUGAGGUACAGUACUGGACAUCCUCCUGA